GAUUCCUAUCCAGGAAGAGACAGUGAAGGUCACUAGUCAGAGACUGUAUGGUUUCCCUCCUGAAGCCUCCUCCCCAAAUCCUUGCAGGCUGAGAAGAGGGUGCAUGAAUCUGCAGCGCAAGGCCGAGGCAAACAGGCAGUUGUGAACAAUGCGUACCAACCAGAUUAUGAAAUACACUCUCUUUACCUCCUGCUACCUCUUCUGGGUAGCCAGUGGACUCAUGGUGGCUGUUGGGAUUUAUGCCAGGCUCUCCAAGGAAGCAGGUGUUGUGGACUCCUUGUUGGCCGAUCCUUCCAUAAUUCUUUUAGCAGUGGGCACCCUGAUUUUCUGCAUCACCUUUGUGGGAUGCUUGGGAGCCUUACGGGACCUCACGCUGAUGUUGAAAAUGUUUGCCUGGAUCUUGCUCAUCAUUUUCAUUCUGCAAGUUGUGGCUGCAGUUUUAGGCUUCAUCUUCUCUGGCAUGGUGAUGGAAAAAGCCACGUUUUUGAUGGGCGAGGCCAUCUCCCACUAUCGUGACAACCUUGAUUUGCAGAACCUCAUUGAUUACAUCCAGAAGAAGUUCAAGUGCUGUGGGGUUCACUCAUACAAGGACUGGUCCCAGAAUAUUUAUUUUGACUGUCGAGACUCUAAUCCCAGCCUGGAGCGUUGUGCAGUGCCCUUCUCUUGCUGUCUGCAAGAUAAAGAGGUUAUGCUAAACACCAUGUGUGGCUAUGGGACACAGAAUCUUAAAGGCUGGCAAGCAGAGAAUUUGGUGUACACAGAGGGCUGCCUAGAGAAGAUUGUCCAUUGGGGACGGAGCAACCUGUUGCUGAUGGCUGGGCUGGCAUGUGGAUUGCUGGUCUUGGAGGUUGUUAUCUUUCUUUUGGCGGUGAUGCUCAUUUACCAGAUUGAUUUCAUCAUCCAGAAGCGCAAAAGUACCAAGAGGAAGAGAAGGAUGACACAGAGGUACCCUGAGAAGUGAGAAAGAAGGCAGCAAGGGAUGGAAGUUGGCUGUAAAUCAGCUUUCCUGAACCUUGGGAUGCAUGAAACUGGAUACUGAAAAGGCCAUCAUUCUCACAUUGCCUCAGAAUUCUAGGGCUUACAGUUCCAAUAUACUUGAAGGCCAGCUGAUUGGAAAAGUCUGCUAUAAACAUAAACUUUUUAGAUAUCAGUUGCAGGAAGAGUUUUUUUUUUUUCAUCCCAAAUUCACAGUCUGGGUUUGAAAUAAUUGUGAUUAUUAUAUCGUGGUUUAUAUGGACUGAAGAAACAAGCAGCCUGUUCAUGGAGGUUCAGAGUGCCUGACUCCAAAGGGAACCAUAUUCUCGGUGUACACACAUUGUCUUUCAACAUCCAACAAACACAGAUUAUGAGGAAAAUACUGUGAAAUGGGUCAGCCAUUCUAGGUAGACCAAACUAAGAAACCAAUGCCACAUAGUCAAGACUAUUUUUAUUGUAAAGAUAGAUGCUACAGGUAGUCUCAUCUUAUGUCUGAUUGCUUAUCAACCAUUCAAAGUUACAAUGGACAUCCCAAAAGCUACUUAUGUCCUGGUUCUGAGGGCUGAACUGUCACAUGACCAUAUUUUGCGUGCUUGGCAGUCAGCUCGCCUUUAUGGCCAACUGUAGCAUUCCACAGUCAUGAGAUUCCAUGUGAAUUAAGAUGGUUUUUUACUGAUUUCUGGCUUUUGGGGCCAGUUUCCAGCAAAAAUGCCCUUAGGAAUACAUUGAUUCACUUAACAACUGUGGCAUUCCCUUAAUGACCACUACAAAAAAAAAGCCGUAAAGUCAGGUCCAGUCACAUGAGUGCAUUGACUUACAAUCAUGCUGAGUUGUAACAGAAAUUCCAGGCUCCAUGAGAGUCAUAAAUUGAGGAUUAUCUGUAAUAAUAGAAUCUUGCAAGUCUGAAUGUGCCUCCUCAUCCCUCAUUUAACGUUCCCUAGGGAGGGGUUUCCCUGAGACAUUUUCUCAAGUUAUUUUCUUGGUCUAGGCUCAAACCCCACUUAUCUGACUGUUAACAGUAUAACAGAAUGGCAGAAUUCAAAGGAACCUUAGAGGUCUUCUAAUCC